AUGACUGGUUGGGAAUUGUGUAAAUAUUCCAUUUUUAUACCGCUUCAAAUCUCUUUUUAUUUGCAAUUUUUCACGUUUUGUUUUAAAAUGUUGAAAAGUGCGACGAUUACGUGACUCACAAAAUAAAGUCUAGCGGAUUUCAGUACAAUAUAACUGCAAAAUGGGUUUCAAACAAAUAUUCAGAAUGCUUUGUUAUAGAUUACAUAAAAUCAGUUGGAUCCGCAUUUUCAGGAACAAAAGACGUCAGAUGUACCAAAUCACCAUGUGCUAACAACGUCAAAACUUCAGUUGAUUGUGCAGCAGCGUUGGGUGCAAGACUGUCCAAAAUACCACAAUAA